AACCCAAGUUCCUCUUUGUCUGCACAGUAGAGACCAGUGAAGCCAAGGACCAGAAUGGGAUGGCCCUGGAGCUUGCUGAAGCUGGUUUGAAGCAAGUAGGACCUGUUCUGUCCUAUCCAGGUCUUAACAGGACUUGCUCUGUCUCAUCCAGCUUGCUUUUCAGAGAACUGAACGUUUAUGUUCCUGUAGCUGUCUUGGUCCUUGGGAGACAUUGCAUGGUGUUUGGUUUCUUGGAGAUGUUUCAGAGUGUUUCAUUGUUAGGAGACGUUUCAUGGUGUUUUGUCACUGGGAGAUGGUCCCUGGUGUUCUGUUGUUGCCCUUCUCAGGCAGAUGUGCUGGAAUGUGGGAUAACAUGAGCUGCUGGCCUUCGUCCGCGGUGGGACAGACUGUCAAUGCUCAGUGCCCUGAAUUCUUCCAGAUGCUGACCGGGAAAAAAGGUUUUGUCUACCGAAACUGUACAAGUGAGGGUUGGUCAGACCCGUAUCCAAGACCCGAUAUUGCUUGUGGCUACAAUGUCAAUGACACAACAAAUGAGGCAAGACGUUCCUAUUUCAUGACUCUGAAGACCAUGUACACCAUUGGAUACUGCACCUCUCUUGUGACGCUGAUGAUAGCCUUAGCGGUCCUGGUCUCUUUCAGAAGACUUCGCUGCACGAGGAACUACAUCCACAUGCACCUCUUCACAUCGUUCAUCUUGCGAGCCUCAUCCAACUUCAUCAAGGAUGCUGUUUUGUUUUCCUCUGAAGACACAAAUUACUGCGGGGCAUACACGGCAGGGUGUAAGCUCACCAUGGUCUUCUUCCAGUAUUGCAUCAUGUCUAACUACAGCUGGCUCCUUGUGGAGGGACUGUAUCUCCACACUCUCCUGGUUAUUUCUUUCUUCUCGGAAAGGAAAUUCUUCUGGUGGUUCACCGCCCUGGGAUGGGGUGCCCCAGCUGUGUUUGUGGCCGCAUGGGCAACUGCUAGGCAACUCCAUGAAAAUAUUGGGUGUUGGGACAUUAACACUAAUGCCAAUACCUGGUGGAUCAUUAGGGGCCCUGUAGUUUUGUCUAUUUUUAUUAAUUUCAUUCUUUUUGUCAACAUUUUAAGAAUCUUGAUGAAGAAGCUCAGCUCUCCUGAAGGACGGAGCAGUGACUUCAACCAAUACAAGAGACUUGCGAAGUCAACGCUCCUCCUCAUCCCUCUCUUUGGGGUCCACUACAUCAUCUUUGCUUUUUUCCCCGAAGACACAAGCAGCGGCACAAUGGAAAUUCAGCUUUUUUUUGAAUUGGCUCUUGGAUCAUUCCAGGGCUUCGUCGUGGCUGUGCUUUAUUGUUUUCUUAAUGGUGAGGUUCAGCUGGAAGUUCAGAGAAAAUGGAAGCAGUGGCAUUUAAGCAAACAACUGCGUCAGCAUCUUAGCACCUCAGCGAGUAACGGGGGAAGCGGCUUCACUCAAGAGAUGCAGAUGGUGAGGUCCAGCCCACCAGAGCGCAGGAGAGGAACCCUCCAAAAAUCAAGCGCGCUUUAACGCCGUAUGCCUAGAGGAUACCUCCAUGCCCAGAUACACAUGGUUAAAUCCCAUGGACCGUGCUGGGAGUCUUGUGUAUCCAAAAGCAGGACUUGGCUGUAGGCCAAUGUUUCUUGAAGCACAUCUGUUCGUUUAUAUCCUGUGUAGCACCUGAGUUAUUUUGCAAGGCAAAACGGGCCAAAACGUUCUGCUCUUCCUUGGGUUUCUGGCCACAGUCAUUUGUGUUUCUUUCCACGCCAAUAUUUUUCAGCUGCUAUUUCUGCUUUAAAUGUGACCUUUCAUUUUCCAUGUGGUUCUCCAACAUGUUCCAGGCUAAGCCCAGCUAGUGAGUAUUAGAUGUUCUCUGUUUCUUCUGCUGUUGAUGAUGGGAGGACACCAAAUUUCAUACAAUGAAGGUUACAUGCCAUCCUUUAACAUAGCCCAUGGGUUUGAAAUGAAAGGUUAAAUCAUCCUUAAAAUUUACCAAGACUCAAAGUCUUUCUGUGUGGUGAUGGAUGGUGGACACGAAGAACAUAAAGCACAGCUGAGCUCCUGUGUCUUCUCUAACUCUAUAACCAUUGCUCACAUAUGCUCCGGUGUCAGGUUCAGACAGUUUUCUUCCUUUGUGUCUUCUAACAGUGGAGAUCUCAGAAAUAGUAGUGGCCCAGUUUGGAUCUUUGUAUCUUUUUGAAAUGGUAAAAAAGCUACUAUAGCAUAUUCCAAGGGUGGCCAAGAAAACUUCAUUAAGAUGGGUCUUCCCUAUUGGGUCUGAACCUGAGACUUGUCCAGCUAGUCUUUGAAUGGAAGCAAUGAAAUCCCUUGAGAGAUUUAAAUCUCAAUUAAACUGGACAGUACAAGGUCUCUUGUGUAAAAAACCCACCAUAGUGUCUGGCAAAAAUCCCUUCAGAGUCCACAGGACUUAGCGUGCUGAAAUCCGCAAAGUUACACACUGUAAUACACUGUCACAAGGUAUCUGAGCUUCUGUUAACAGCUUUCUGUUCUUAAACAUAAAAUUGUUAAGAAAAUUUCCCUAGUUUGAGUAGGAAAGGGAUAAAGGAAUUCAUCCAACAAA